UUUCCUUCUUCCCUUCUGUGUGGGGCCAAGAAGAGAGACACUUCCCAAAGAACCUGGUGGAGAUCUCUUUCCAGGAGGGGCAAGAUGGCGAGCGGAGUUGGCCUGGCAGUGUGUGCGCUGGCCCUGAUCCUGGAUGUCGCUGCCCCCCAGGAAAGCGUGUGUCAAGCGCGCAAUGGCGUCGACGGCCAGCCGGGAGCUCCGGGCCGGAACGGCAGGACAGGACAGAAAGGAGACGUCGGUGAACCAGGGAUGGCUGGCAGGAGCACAGGCAUACGGGGACCCAAAGGUGACCCAGGGCAGCCGGGCCUACCAGGCACAUCAGGGAACCAGGGCUACAGAGGCCCAGAUGGCCCCCUAGGCCCUCCUGGCAUACCAGGAGAUAAAGGUGCCAAGGGAGAAGUUGGCAAUGUGAUGAAACAGCCCCGGGCCGCCUUCUCAGCAUCUCGAAACAAUCCAGACCCAACUCCCAACCAAAAUGUGGUGGUCUUCAACGUCAUCAUCACCAACCAAGACAACGGCUACAGUUCGCUGAGUGGCGAGUUUACCUGCAAGGACCCGGGCUACUAUUACUUCGCCUUCCAGGUGGUUUCCAGCGGCGACCUGUGCCUCCGCCUCAUGCACAAAGGCAACAUUGUGGCCACCUUCUGUGACACCAACAGCCGAAGCAACUACCAGGUCAACUCAGGCGGCAGCGUCUUGAAGCUGGCCCAGGGCGACCGGGUCUGGCUGGAGAGUGACCCCCAGGAGGGGAACCACAUUUAUGAUGGCAGCGAUGCAGACAGCGUCUUCAGCGGCUUCUUGCUGUUCCCAACGGGGCCCUGAGGAGCUCGGAGGCAGCUCAGGCCCUGCUUCAGACAACCUUCUCCCCAUGCCCUCCACCCCACCCUCUGGUCACAGCGCUACAGCCACAAGGAGCCCUUUACUCGACCUAGCAUCAGGGCUCAUACGCGCUUCCCUUGGCCCCAGGUCUCUGCCACGUGGCCAUUUUGUGUAGCUCCUACUUGGCACCAAAUAAAUACUCAGAGUUUGGAAA